AUGUCAUCUUCCAACUCAGGCUCCUGCCUAUGUGGCGCCGUCAAGUACGGACUCUCUGAUGCCCCAGAGGUAUGCUACAUGUGUCAUUGCAACAGCUGUCAAAAGGUCUCAGGCUCAGCCUUUACGGCAAAUUGCUUGUACAAAAGAGAGAAUUUGAAUAUUAUCCAAGGCCACGGAGUGAUCAAGACAUACAGCGACCAAGCGACUUUCUCCGGACAGGCCCUGGAGCGCUCAUUCUGUGAUACAUGCGGGUCAAAUCUAUUCCUACAGAGCAAAUUGUUAGGAGAAAUGGGAAUGGUCGCUGUUCCUUCGGGUACGAUUGACGAUAGAACUGAACUCCGUCCGAAAAUAGAAGCCUGGUGUCAGAGUCGGCGAAGUUGGCUUUCUGGGGUGGAGGGGACAGAGCAGAAGGAGAAACAAUGA